UAUGUUUUACUAAUUUUCAAAUUGCGUUUCUAUUAUAUUCUGUUCAAUCCCUGUCUGCCGGUUUUAUUGAUAAUCUACCAGUGGAUGUCGUUGUUCUCUCGAGUGUCACUGCUGGAGAUGAAUAAACUCAAAGCUCUGCGUAAAGACGCGUCCAGCUCUUUCUCCAUAGAGCAGAUACACAGAGAGAGAGAGAGAGCAACGUGAGUGUCUCCUAUCUCACUAGAGCUCAAACUAACGGGAUCUUCUUAUAUCCUCUACGUGCGCAGAGAUUCAAGAACCAGACAAGUGAAAGCGCGUGUCCAAUACUCACGGAAAAGGAGAGCCAGCACGAACUGAGAUUGUUUUGUGACUUUUCUGAACUGUUUGACGGAGGUACAGUGAUCUGUGUGGAGAUUUCUCCAAUCGCGAUUUUUUUUUUUUUUAAUUGCGAAAGCGUAAAUAUUGUCGGAUCUCCCGUGGUGGUUUAGAGCCAGGAGUUUGUCCAUAUGCUGGAGUCAGAUUUAGAUUCGCAUUAGUUUGUUAUUUGGCACCGGUUUGAUCGCGGUGUCAUAUCGGCUGUGGAUUGAUCACGCUCAGACCGUCAACUGAUUUUCCAUCUGCAAACAGUGAAAGCAUCUUCUCAUUAGGACACGGCUGUGUUUCAGCACAGGCGAGACUGAGGAAGGCGCGUGAUGAUGUUGAGGGUCUCGGAUGCUUUGGUCACUUUGGUGACUCUCUACUGUGUGGUCAAAGGGACUGUCGGCGGAUACGGCAUGAGCAUGUUCGCCGCUCAGACCUCCCCACCAGAUCCGUGCUACGACGAGAACGGUCACCCCAGAAGAUGCAUCCCCGAUUUCGUCAACGCGGCGUUCGGGAAGGAAGUGCGCGCAUCCAGCACCUGCGGCAAAACGCCGAGUCGGUACUGUGUGGUGACUGAGAAAGGGGAUGAAAGGCACAGAAACUGCCACACGUGCGACGCGUCGGACCCAAAGAAGUAUUACCCACCUGCUUACCUAACCGACCUGAACAAUCCUCACAAUCUCACCUGCUGGCAGUCGGACAAUUACAUCCAGUAUCCUCAAAACGUGACUUUAACAUUGUCCCUGGGCAAGAAAUUCGAGGUGACCUACGUGAGUUUGCAGUUCUGCUCACCGCGACCAGAGUCCAUGGCUAUCUUUAAAUCGAUGGACUAUGGAAAGUCCUGGGUGCCUUUCCAGUACUACUCGACCCAGUGUAGAAAGAUGUACAACAAGCCCAGCAAAGCCACGAUCACUAAGCAAAACGAGCAAGAGGCCAUCUGCACAGAUUCUCACACCGAUAUGCACCCUCUCUCCGGCGGGUUGAUCGCGUUCAGCACCCUGGACGGGCGACCCUCCGCGCACGACUUUGACAAUUCACCCGUACUCCAGGACUGGGUGACCGCCACUGACAUUAAGGUGACUUUCAGCCGACUGCACACUUUCGGAGACGAAAAUGAGGAUGACUCGGAGCUGGCCAGAGAUUCCUAUUUUUACGCCGUGUCAGACCUGCAGGUCGGAGGCAGAUGUAAGUGUAAUGGACACGCGUCACGGUGCGUCAAAGACCGGGAUGGAAACCUGGUGUGCGAGUGCAAGCACAAUACAGCCGGACCAGAGUGUGACAGAUGCAAACCUUUUCACUAUGACCGACCCUGGCAGCGCGCAACCGCCAGAGAAGCCAACGAAUGUGUCGCAUGCAACUGUAACCUCCAUGCGAGGCGCUGUCGUUUCAACAUGGAGCUUUACAAACUCUCCGGGAGGAAAAGUGGAGGAGUCUGUCUGAACUGCCGCCACAAUACGGCGGGUCGCCACUGCCACUACUGCAAGGAGGGCUACUACAGAGACAUGUCUAAGCCCAUCUCUCACAGAAAGGCCUGCAAAGCCUGUGAUUGCCAUCCUGUGGGGGCCGCGGGCAAAACCUGUAACCAAACCACAGGCCAAUGCCCCUGUAAAGACGGUGUGACGGGUAUCACAUGCAACCGUUGUGCUAAAGGCUACCAGCAGAGCCGAUCUCCCAUUGCCCCCUGCAUAAAAAUUCCCAUUGCUCCACCAACCACCACUGCAAGCAGCACAGAGGAACCUUCAGACUGUGAAUCCUACUGCAAGGCUUCCAAAGGCAAGCUGAAGAUCAAUAUGAAGAAGUACUGCAAGAAAGACUACGCUGUUCAGGUCCACAUCCUAAAGGCAGACAAAGCCGGUGAGUGGUGGAAGUUCACCGUCAACAUCAUCUCUGUCUACAAACAGGGAGAAAGCCGAAUCCGCAGGGGAGAUCAGUUUUUGUGGGUCAGAGCAAAGGACGUAGCCUGCAAGUGCCCAAAGAUCAAGCCCGGCAAAAAGUACCUGCUGCUGGGCAAUGAUGAGGAUUCCCCUGGACAAAGUGGAGUGGUGGCAGACAAGGGCAGUCUGGUCAUUCAAUGGAGGGACACUUGGGCUCGAAGACUCCGGAAGUUUCAGCAGCGGGAGAAGAAAGGAAAAUGCAAGAAAGCAUAGUGAGGGGAAAAGGAAAGAGGUGGCUAUCAGAAGCUGGACAGAGAAACAACAGACGAGUGGUGGAUGAAAAGACCAUAAGGGAAAGGGAAAGAAGAAAAAGGACGGACUAAACAUCGCUGCUUUGAAUAAAGGCAUGAAGAGAAUAUUAACGUUUUUUUUUUUUUUUUCUAUAAAUAGGAACAUGUGUGAAGGAGUUCACGAUGCAGUUUUCAUUUCUUAUUUGUUUCCUUCAAGAUUUGUUUGCUGUUUGCCAAUUUUGCACCUGUGUUCAGCAUAAAGAAAGGUAUUUUAUGUUAAAUGGCUUUCAGAUCCAUUUUGGACGGUUUCAGUCUGGUUGAGAAUCAGAUUAAGCCAUAUUUAAUAUUCUAAAACAACCUGGGGAUUAAGGACUGAUACGUAAAAAAAGAAAAUCUGAGAACAUUUUUUAGAGCAAAAAAAAAAAAAAAUAGGGAUAGUCCUUCAGCAUGCUUCUUCACUACAAAAAACAAAACAAACAUCUUCAUUAAUGAGUUUUGCAUUUAAAAAUUCAUAUGCGCUAACUUGCAUAAUACAUAAAUGGCAUCUGAGAUGCCAACAUUUCAGAGAUUUCAAAAUUCUGUUUGUUUUCGGAAGGAUUUUUUUAUAUGACAUCAAAACUAAUUUGCUCUUCUUCAGCCAAUUUAAAAUAUAAUUUUUUCAAGGUCUAAAAAAGUCUGACUUUGUAACAACCUCCAUGAAAAAUCACACAAUUUGAUGCAUAUAUAUCUGCAUAUUAUUUUUAUCAUUAUUCAUUCAAUUGUUGCAAUUUUCAUUGAGCGGUUUUUCAUUGAAUACAGAUGCAAACAAAAUGAAAAGGACAACAUAGAAAAGCUCUUGUACAGCGUAACAUGUAUAUUUCAUAUAACACUACUAACCUUUGAAGACUGGUGCUGCUGGUUUCUACCCAGACCACUACAGACUCUGAAACUGUCCCAGCAAAUACACAAAAGCAAAUCAAGGUUUCUGUUCAAUGUACAUGUUUCUGAUUCAGUUUUUAUUGUCAGAGUUCGCUGAUUCAAAGGUAAAAAAAACAAAAAACAAAUCAUCUAACAAUUGCUGAAAAGAAGCUUUGUACAUUUUUAAAGUAGUGCCCAUUCUCUUCAACAGACACAAAUAUACUACUUUUUUUUUUUUCUGUUUAAGCCAUGUGUUGUGAAUCAUGCCACAACUUCUUUACAACAAGAAAAACAAAUCUGUACACGUAAGUGUUGAAAACUGAUUUAGGAUCUAUAAAAAUGUAAUAGCAUGCUUGUACAAAUCCUAAAAUUAUUAGCAUGCAUUUACAAUUAUUUUUGAACUUGGAAUAAAACCACCAUGUAUAUUUUUGUAUAAGACAUGAUGAUUGAAGUAGAUGACUCUAAAUACAAACAGCAUUUCUUGCUCCAUUUGAUGCUCUGAUUCAAUUGUUUAUAGUCCAGACAUGGAUGACGACGUCCUUUUGUUAAAACAGAACUUCAGUGCGACGAGUCCACUGUAUAAACAGGCCUUUUCGUAAGUCCUGGAAGUGUUGGUAGAAUGGUGUGUAUAGUUAGUAUUUUUCCUUGUGUGUAAAACAGUAUUUAGAAGUGUACGAACUACCUUUAACUAGUAUUCAUUAACUAGUAUUUAGUUUUGUAAAGCAACGGCAUCUCUCCUUAGACAUUUCCAUGUCCAUUUAGCAUCUGUGAAUGUAGGAAUGCAUGUACAGUAAUGUUUCACUACAAUAGAGAAUUCUCUUCACUGUGAGAAACGCUGCUCAUACACACACAAACACACACACACACAUUUAUUUUGUUACUGAUGAGAUGGACGUUCUCUAAAGUACAGCUUUUCCACUGAUCUUUGAGGGUCAUUUAACAUUUGCUUGUGUGGUCAGUCCUUCACAGAUCAUUAAGAAAAUAAACUGCAAGAACUGAUAAUUUCAGCAUCAAAUACCAAAAAAAAAAAAAAAAAAAAGAAAAGGAAAAAGAAAAAAAAAAAGUCGGAUUUGAUGAACGGUUUACGUGUGCAGUAAUUAUCAUCUUUACUCAAUGAUUAUUUCUUGUUAAUGUACACAAUGUAUGACACACAUAUUUAUACAUAUGCUGUAUUUACCGGUUACAAAAAAUAUUCGUAACAGCACAUGUAAAUGUAUUUUGUUUGGCACUCAGUAUCUUAGUGCACACUCCUUUUUAUUUUAAGUAUUCCAAUGAUGUAAAUUUAUGUUCAGUUUUUACUUUUCGCAGCAGUGGAAAGAUGGCUCCUGUAUUUGACAUUACCAGCAGACCUUACAUACAUUGCUUCUUGUUCAUAUUAUGAAUUGUAAAUUUAGCUGUGGCAAAUACAAGACGUCUGGAAUAUUGUUUUACAGUGCAUACUAAUAUAUUAUGGUUAUUAUAAGAAAAUAUUUAAUGACACAAGACAUUGUGGAUUUUUUUAUGUCUUUAUUUUAUUUUAUUUUUAUUAUUAUUAUUAUUUUUUUUUUUUUUACAGUUUGUGGUUGUUUAGAUUGUUGUGAUUAAAAUCCAGAGGGGAAGAUAACUACUGAA